AGCAAACCGUUGGCACGUCGGGUGAUGGAGAAAACCCUGCAGGAGGAAGGCAGAGAUGGAUGGAAUGGGUAAGAAGAGGAGGGCCGAAGGGCCGCCGCCCUUUGCGGCGGCAGCAGCGGCAGGAGCGUCGGCAUCCGAUGUGCUGACGGGCUCGGCCAGUGUGGACGUCAUCAUCUCCCGCUGCAGCAACAGCCUGGAGGGCUUGCAGGAGCACACAGCGAGCGCCAUCCGUGACAGAAAGGAGGAGGUCAAGGCCGUGACCGAGGAGAUACGGACCAUGGUCACUGACAAAGGCGGUGUUGGGGGCGUCGCUGAGAAAGAUGGGGUCAUCAUGGUCAAUGCUGGUGAGACGCAACAGGCCGAGGGUAUCUGUGUCUGUCCGUCAAUCUCUCUCGUUUUGUCCGUGUCGUUGUACUUAGGCGGUCAGGUGUUCCCUGUCAAGCGCACAGCGCUGCUGCGGCCGUAUAUGAAGCGGCGGUACAUCUCAGUGCUGUUGAUGUACCAUGAGGGUGGCCUGCCGAAGGACGCCGACGGCCACAUCUACCUCGAGACGUCAUCGGCCUUUUCUUUUUUCCUGGACAAGAUGACCCUCAUCGACACCGGCCGCACCAUGGCCAUCGAGCUGCCGGCGUCCAAGGCGGCCGACCCGCUGUACGCCGACUACCACUCCCUCUUCAUGCGCAAGAUCAACUGCUACUCGGCCCCCCCGCAAGCGCUCCCUGCAGCAGCAGCACCGAUGGAGGUCGACGGCCAGGGGGAAGGGGGUGGGGAGGGGACUGUAGCUGACGGUGUGGAGAGAGCCAUGAAAGAUACCAUGGCGGCAUUCGAGCAGCGCCUGCGCGCCGACGCCGAGGCGUACAAGGCGCUGGUGCGGCAGAGGGAUGAGAUCGCGACGUUCCUGACGGCCAUGGCGCCUUUCCUGUGCAGUGGCGAUGGCGAGGCGGACAGCAUUCUCAGCCUGACGGUCAUGGGCCGCCCGGUGUUGAUCAUGCGGAAGACGCUCGAGCGCCUAGGCCACAAUCACGCUCUGCUGACACGGUUCUUGACGUAAGUCAGACACACAGGGGCGAGAAGGGGGACGGGACGGCGGAACCCUGGAAACGCUUCGAAUGGAUCUUUUCUCUCUGUUUGUUUGCCUGUUCAGGAUGCCCCAGCAUUUGGGUGGUCACGAUGUCGACCAGACCCCAUCAGAGCACUUCGUCACGACAGUCGACUUCGCCCGCCGAAUCGCGACCCUGCCGCACAAUCAGCUCAUCCGCCCCCCGCUUGUCGAGGAGGGCGACGAACGGCUCGUCAAGGAGGACAUCGUAAGUGACAUAGAGAGAUGGAGGGAGGCACACACACAUGAAGGAGCAGCUGUGUUGGUCAUGUGUGUGUGUGUGUCAGGAGACGUAUGGCUUGAAGUACGAGCCCCUCUGCAAUGGCGUGACGGGUGGCGACUUCGUCAUCGAGACGGCCGAGGAGUGGGGCAAAGUCAUCAAGAUGACCGGCAAACACUCACCCACCGUCACACUCAUCUACAAGUGAGCCAGCAACAGCCAGAGAGGGAAAGAGACACACAGACAUGGCUGUCGUGUGUGUGUGCCGUUAUCAGGUCGAGUCGCGACAGGUUUGGGUAUUCCUCAUUCCUUAACAAGGUGGUGGGCAAGAGCGGCCUCCUCUUCGCCCUUCAAGAUGGCCCCACUCACCGAUUCGGUGCCUUCAUCGACGGCCCACUCACACCGCCAGACGACCCCACGCAGGCCAACAUCUACAAGGUGCCCGUCUUCCUCUAUUCGCUGUCGGGUGCGUACGAGACGCCGACCAAGAUCGAGCUGCAGGAGAAGGACCAGCAGGUGGAGGUGGCCGGCACACAGCUGGCGGUGGAGGACGACGAUGACGAGUCGACUGCCGAUGUGUGCAUUGCUGGCGGCUACCUCUGGCUUGGCUACGGUGAUCCUGGACCGGCGGACGACCUCAGCAGCUGCUAUCAGUGGAUCGAGAGGGACAAGCUGCCGGAGGGCCACAUUGACGACAGCGAUAUUGACGACGAGGAGGAGGAUGGCACGAUGGAUGACGGUCGCCGCACGCUGGCCAGCACGAUCGAAUUCGAGUGCACUGAGAUGGAGGUGUGGCACAUCACAGAGGUCAGCGAGAGGCAGCGAGGGCAACAAGCAGAGAGAGAUCGGAAAACUGCAUUUGAUUCCUGUACCCAUGUGAUGUGUAUGUCGCUGUGUGUGUGUGCGCAGGAGGUCAACGCCUGAUGCACUGGGACAGGCGUGAAAGGGGC